AAGCGUCUCGGCGCAGGAUGGACAGUCAAAACCGACCAAUCGCAAAAAUUUAAUUUUAAAAUUGUUCGCCGUGGGUGGAGAUUUGGUCCUGCCGGCUGCCGCCAUAUUGUGUCCGAUUGUGAGUGCUAGGAGUGAUUUAUAAUUGUUAAUAUAUUGUGUUUUACUUUGUCUAAAAGUUCACAGUUGGGAUUGGAAAGUAAAAAGAUAAAUAUCAACAAUGGGCGCCAAGCAGAGUAAGCGGUCCGUUGAUAUCAGCGGCAAAGAAGCGGAGAGCGCCGGAGAAGUAGCGGCCGCAGGAGCCGGGGGCGAAGGCCGCAUGGAGCAAAUUGCUGAUGUGGAUGCUCUCAAGCCACAAGUCAACGGGGAUGCGCACCUUCACGAGACCACAGAUAAAGAAAAGGAAUUAGACAGUGGCACACCAGAGAACGAGAAAGAUGCCACAACAGAGAAGGAAGUUAAGGAUGCCGAGGAGAAUGAAAAAGAAGCUCCAGUAACGAAUGGUGACGAGCCGAAGGAGAACGGAGAGAGUACUCCUUCACCAGACGACGGCAAGAAAAAGAAGGAAAAGGUCAAGAAGAAAUGGUCACUGAGAUCCAUCAGCUUCAGCCGCAAAGAUAAGCCGAAACAGGAGAAGAAGCAGAAGGAGGAAGAGGAGAAGAAGACCAAUGGACUUGACGAAGUCCUGUCCGAGGCUGUGGAGGCUGUUCCGGCUGGUGCUGAAGUUUUAUCUCAGGAAUCAAAUGAGGAUGUCAAAUCUGUACCAGAAAAUAAAGAUGAGAAAACACCCGAAACUCCAGUUACAGAACCCCUUACAAAUGGAAGCAGCACACCUGAGACACCUAAAGACGAAAUACCUAUUUCAGAGGAACCAAAAAUUGAGAAACAGAUUGGUGUCAGUCCCGAGCCAAUAAAGGAGGUUGAAACUGAAAGUUUGCCUGUGGAACGACUUACUCCUGAAGAAACAAAGCAGGUUGUACCUGUUCCAGAAAUUCCAGAAAUUGACUCAAACAAGAUUGAAGAGUCUAAGAAUGAUAUCGUCGAAAAAGUACCUGCAUCUGAAACAAUCAUUCAAAACGAGGUUUGUGUUGAGCAACCGCCUUUGUUAGAAUCCACACCUCCACCACUUCCUGCCUAUCCUCCUCCUUCGUCUGUGGCUUCCUUUGCCGCUACCACCAUGGCUCCAGAACCCUCUGACGCUUCACACGCUACUAAUGGUAUUACACAUAUUGCACCCGAUAAUAAGCCAUCAGUUGAUCCAGAGUUACUUGCAGAAAAUAUCAAAGUAAGUUCCACAUUGUCUGAAAUCAAUGAAACAACAAUUACAGAUGGUAAAAGCGACGUUUCUCCCGUUCCUAUAAUUGAUACCCCUGAAACCCAAACUACAGAUACAAAUGUAUCCGAAAAAUUACUGCCCACAGAAGAGAAGCCUGAUAGCAUAUUAAGCAAUGUUGUACAUGACGAAGAUAUUUCCAUGGAAGCCAAGGAGCAAAUGAACAAUGACGCUGUAACUGUUGAUAACCAAGCAAAUGUUGUAGAAGAAAAUUUAACCAAAUCUGAAGUAGUAAAUGAAAUGGAAUCAUUAGAGAGCAGUAUCUCAGAAGCUAUUAAUGAGAAACAAGAUGCCUUAAACAAUAUCAAUAUAUUGCAACAGGAUACAACAAAAGAAUUAAGUAAUACUUUUGAACAGGACAGUGGCAUUUGCGAAUCAAAAUCAUCAGAUGUGGAUGCUAGCGUGAUUACUGAAAGUGACACAGAAUGCACACAAACUGCUGAAGCAACCAAAGAAAUUGUAAAUGUUAUAGAUAAUAUCUGUGUGCUCAAUGGAACAUCUCUAACAAAUGGUGACAGAACUCCACCAGCUGUUGAAUUGAUUGAUACAGACAAGGCUGUUGUGAUAACAGAGGACUCACUACCACCCUCUCUGUCGGAAGAUGUGGAGCAACCCCAGGCCGGUUUUGAGAAUGAUGAAGUAUCAGAGUCAUUCCCGUUACCUCCAAGCGAGCUCUGUCCAACUGAGGCAGAUAUAUCACCCCCGGCCACUCCAGAGCUGGCCCGCGAACAAACUGCCAUCCCACAGGAUAUAAUGCCUGUAGCAGAUAAAAUGGCGGAUUUGAUUCCUGAAAUCACAUCUGUGCCUGAUGUGAGCACCAUAACGGAGACAACAAUGGAUGUUGCAGUAGAUAACUAAAGCACCAGAAAGUCACACCACUAAUGGUGGUAACAAAUCAAUAAUUGUUUGAAAAAGAGCCUUUAAUUUAUUCUAUUUUCGUUCCAUGCAGUACAUCGAACUUAGUUCGAUCUUGAAAAAAUAUUCAGUUGGUAAUGUAAGGUGACCGACCAUUGGGACAUAUAGAAUGUUUAUAGUUUAAGUUUAGUGUGCUUGCUUAUCUAAAAUUAAGAUUUUAUACAUUUUAAUUCGGUAGGAUUGAUCUUUUAUAAUUAUAUAUACAAUAACAAAGUUAUGUAGGCAGUAUACGGUGCGAUAAGUUGGUGCCAUUAUUACAGGGGUAUUAGUUGUGAUGGGCGCGUGGCUCUCUUUAAAUACUUUGCUGAUACAUUUGACUUCUUUCUAAUAUUAUAAACUCAAUAAUUAUAAAUUUAUUUGGUACAUAACUUUAUUUCCAAACAAUUUGAAUGUUUCUAAAUUCCGGUAAGACCUAAUAAUUAUUAUGUUAACAAAACGUAAUAUUUUGUUAUUAAUUCAGUGAUGGUGUUAAACUUGCACAAAAUUUCGAUAUUAUUAUAAAUCAAUAAUUUAAAUCUUUUUUGUAUAUAUAUAUUAUUAUGAAUAUUUUCUGAACAAUAUGAAUUAAUUUGCUCAUCUUAAAUCUUGCGUUAGUUAAAACGAAAAUGACGUUUUUGUUAAAGAGGAUUAUUAUCAUUUCAUGUACUCUGUGUUUCACACUCGUAUGUUGAAAAUUAUUCUAUUAUUUUACCAUAAGUUGUAUGAUUUACUUUGGUUCGAGCUCUCUCUAAUAAUGCAAGCAUUUAUGAAUUUGAAUUAUUAUUAUUGAUAAGUUGAUCCUAUGGCAAGUGAGAUAUAAUUAUUAUGGUUAGGCAAUUUUUUGAUUUAGGUCGUAAAAUAAUGGAAAAUUAAAUGUAAUGUUGAGUGGCCAAGUUUUUGAUCAAACUUAUACAGUUUUUAUGCAUAUACAGACUUCAUUAAACUAUAUGAUAUUGAUAUUUGAUUAGAUUGUAGUAUUUGUAUCUAUGUAGUUGUUGCAGAGGGUGCCCGGGGGACUGCAACAAGUAGAAUAUUCCAUCAUACUUACAUGUAGACUAAUAAGAUUUGAUAUUAAUAUACAACUAUUACAAUGAUUAUUAUUGUCAUUUCUACAUUUAUUAUUAUUAUUAUUAUGUCCGUGAAAUGAUUUGGUAAGGUUUUUGUAAUUUUAUACAUUUUUAUGAAAUUUACAGUGGCACAGUAUAUGUGAGGUCCGGUAUUAUCCCACAACUAUCUUAACAGUGAACACGAGUGAGACAUUCCAUAUCAAGUAACACGCGUACGACUUAUUGUUUGCUCAUCGAUAUAUUAGUUAAUGCUAAACCUGGUCUAAUAUUAUGAUUAAUAUUUAGAUACAAAUUUAUUAUAAACAGAUUGUACAGCUUUUAUAAGCCUCGAAUAUUUUUGUAGCAUUUUCUUAUUAGUAUAUUGUCAUAGUUAUAAUUUUUGUAUUUUUUUAUAUAAUCAUUUCCAUUCAACUCUUGUGAUAUGCCAGGGACUAAAGCUGACAGAAUUAGGGUUUAGUAAUUUUUAUAGCAGCUCUUAAUUGAUAGGUAUUUUGCAUCGGAUUUUGUUUAUUAAUUUUUCGCGGAAGGAAACGUCACAAAUUAUGAUGAAAUUUCUGCUCUUUGUAUAUUACUAUAAGAAAUCUCGAAAAUAUAAAUUCCAUUAUUGAUUAAGCUUCUUGUCAAGUGUUAAAAGUUGAUGUUGAUGUGUGAAUGUCUCUGAUCAAUAAAUUAAUAAGUGUA